AGUUGCAUAGCAACUGGUGUUUGCAGGUGGCUACACGCCACAGUUUUGCUAGCUUGGUAGUACUGUGAAAUAGUGGAUGUUUGAUGUACUACCACGGUUUAUGCCAUAAAGUAUCUUGUUCUGCAGGUGGUGAAUCCCCCUAUUAAUUCUACCCUGUUUUUGGAAGUUCGGGACUGUGUUAUCCCGACGACAGCAUUCUGUCGAACCAACUGGUAUUUUCUCCUUUUGAUUGGCUGCUUCAACAUAUCCAUUCUCGUGAUUCAGUUCACUCUCUACCGUUAAUCUGACAUGGCAGAGCUGGGGUUCGGCGAGCAUCAUCAAAACGAGGUGAUCAACUUCAUGCGGUUUGCAAGAUCCAAAAGGAUCCUGAGACUGAAGACCAUUGAUUCAUGUUUUGAGGACCUCAAAGAGAGCAGGCUGGUGGAGGAGACGUUCACGGCGGACGAGGUGUCCCUGAUGCUGGAGGGCCUGCAGGUGGUGGUGCGGGGGGAGGUGGAGAUGGAGCUCAUCCACACGGCACACACCAACGUGCUGCUGCUCAGGCAGCUGUUCGCACAGGCCGAGAAGUACUACCUCAAGCUGCAGACAGACGUGUCAGAACUGGAGAACAGAGAGCUGUUGGAGCAAGUGGCCGAGUUUGAGAAGACAGAUUUCCAAACAACAAACCAGAAGACAAACCAAGACGUCAACAAACCAAAGCUGGCCCCCCUUAAUGAGAGCGGCGUGUCGGAACUGCUGAACAAGGAGAUAUCCAGACUGCAGGAAGAAAACGACAAACUGAAAGCACGACUCAAGACCCUGGAAUCACAGGCUACGAGUGCACUUGGAGACAAGUCCCGGGCCGAGCAGGCUUUGAAAGACCUCCAGAGGGUCCAGUCUGACCAGCAGUCGGAUUGGCGAUCUCAGGAGAUCUCGAACCUGGAGAACACGGUGGAGACGCUGCGGCAGGACUUGCAGAGGAGCCUGGACGCCACCAGCACCUCCCAGAAGGACCUGCAGGACAACCUGGUGUCCGCCAAGCACGACCUGCUGCGCGUGCAGGAGCAGCUGGCCUUAGCCGAGAAGGAACUGGAAAGGAAAUUCCAACAGACUGCUGCAUAUCGCAACAUGAAGGAGAUACUGGCCAAAAAGAACGAACAGCUCAAAGAGGUCAGGAAGAAGUUACAGAAGUAUGAAGCAGAAUGAAACUGGGUCAAUGAAAGAAUAUUAGAUGGACUGGGAGAGCAGGGGACGAUGUCAAUGGUCAGAGGAAGGAACCCAGCUGGAUGUGUCUGAGCUAACGCCCCUAUCAAAGCUUUACUCACAUGCUGUAUGUGAGAAGGCAACCAUCAUCACCAAUGCUCAUGAGUUGCCAUGGACACAACCAGAAUUCGGAACUAUCCCUCCAGUGCACCUUAUAGAUUAGUAUUUUCAUAGUUGUAGAAUAGAAUCAAUGUAGAAUGGAUAGAAUCAAUGAAUUGGACUGUGUUUGAAAACUUUUUUUUUUUUUUUGAAUAGCAGACCAGUGUGUUUUCUUUUCUGAAUGUAUGUUAGAUGUGUGAGUGGGUAUAUGUAGAUACCAUUGGGCAGCAGAUGAGUGAUAUUUAAAAAUGCAUUUUGGCCUAAAUCUUUGUAUUUAUAAUACAAUUGUUGUUUCUACAUUGUGGUGUUCUCUCUAGGUAUUCAAAUGUAUACUUAGAAAGGGUAUUCUAAGCCUCCUGUCCAGAAGGCGUUAUCAGGCUGGCAAGCUGCUGUAUGUUUAUGUAAUGCGCUGUCUUCAGCUGAAUGUGCUACAUGUUACCAGCGUUACAAGAAGGAACUUGCCUAAGCAUAAAUGUGCCGAGAGGUUCUCCUCAAAACAUGAUCAGUGUUGAGCCAAGCCAGUUUUUUUUUCUCCCUCAGGUCAAUAAAAUGUUUCAAGUUUUCAGUAAAAAAGAGACCUGUUUGAUU